GUCGUGUGCAGGAAGGGAAUUCUUUGUUGAGAAGAGAACUGUUAAGUGUGUUGAAAUUGUGAGUUCUUUUGUCCAUAAAAGUAGGAAAUUCCAGAAACCUUUUUUCCCCUUCAGGGUAUCUUGAAUCUGCUUCCACCCUUCAUUGCUUUUAAUUCGACUUUCAUGUCCACUUUGAAAAGAUGAGACCCAUUUUGAUUUGAUUUUGUUCUUCUGUGAAUGAUGAAGCGUCAGCUCAGUGCUGAAAACCUCUGCAUUUUGCUAGUGUUGUGAUAAUGGGAAUACGGGUUGUAUUUAUGUACAGUGUGGCUGUGCCUAUGUGGUGUGAUAGUGUUGUUGUAGGAGGGUUGUACCUGACAGCGCUGGGCAGAGUGCUUUAUCGACAACAUUUCCAUUUUCAAUGGAGUGCCCACUGUUGUGGAGAUCGAGAAAGAUGAACAUCUUUUUGUUUUGAUUGAUCAACUAGAUUUCUGCGUAAUUGUUUUUUGGUGGCUGGAGAAUAUUGAGAAAUCAUUUCAGAAGAAGGCAGAUAAACCAACCGGGGAAGUUUGCUGGGGAAGAGAUUUAAAUCCAGACUGUGAGGGCUUUGAGUUCCUAAGCUGCCUUUAGCUUUAUGUGGGACAUUUCACACUAUAGUAAGUAACUCACCCAUUUAACUAAAUGGAGUAAAGAAAGGGAGAUUUGUAGAAUAGUGGAGGAUUUUAGAGUUGGGACUUCUUUUCUAGGUUAAAUAAUGAGUUUAUAGGUAAUUUUUAUCAUGAAAAAGCCUCUAUAUGGUAAUGCAAGCUGGAGCCCUGGACAGCUCCACUGGCUCUCCUGUUUUGUGGUUGUGAAUAAAGAAGGCCGUAUUAAUAUUAAUUUCCAAGAAGCUUUUGAUUUUUAAGACACUUCUGGAAAUUAAAAGGUAGUUGAGAAAUUUGGGACAAAAUUUAGAUUAUUCCUACUGUUUUGUUUUGAUGACUUUUAUUCUGAAGCUUUUACAUUGAGCUAAGAAUAUGACCGAUUAUUACUUUUUAUUUGAUGGUGCUGUAAUUUAGGAUAGCUAUCAUUAACAAGGAAAAAUGCAAACUGAUCUUGAGAAUCUUACUUGAGGUUAUUUCAUUAGUGUCAGAUACACAAAGAAAUUUUUCUUCAAAGUUGCGUAAAUUUUGAAUUACCACUGUUUUGUGGGUGUCUGUGUAAAUAGCAAUGAUUAGACUGGUGGCAUUUGUAACAGCAAAAUUAUGUUUUGAUUAGUGGGUAUCAGAAACACUGGUUAUUAAUCUAUGUCAAUAACUCAGAACCUAAAAUCUAUUUGGAUUCAGCUGCUGUGUUCAUGGAAUCUGGAUUCUCGUAAGCAGAUGUUCAAGAUGACUCCAUUGAUUUUGUAAUGUAACAGGAAAUUUUUAAAAAUUACUAUUUUUGCUGCUCAAUUUCAAGAGGAUCAGUCUGAAAUGUGAAGUUUCAAAUUUAAGAGUAACUUUUCUAUGAGAUUCUUUGGAUGGGAAGAGACCUUGAAAGGACCUCUAGUUUAUCCUGCAACUUCAGUCAAUAUCCCACUUAAAUCAUCCCAGGUAAUAGAGAAGAGGAAACCUAAUCAAUGGCUGUGGAAUAAUAUGGAAGAAGAUGGAAAAAACUUGUUUAAUGGGUUGAAAGACUGGAGCCUUCUAUAAGACAUGGAUAGAUGCAAACAUGUCGGGCGGUUGCGGCUCGCCCAGGACCACUCCAUCCUGAACCCGCAGAAGUGGUGCUGCAGGGAGUGCGCCACCACCGAGUCGGUGUGGGCUUGUCUCAAGUGCUCCCACGUGGCCUGCGGCCGCUACAUCGAGGAUCACGCCCUUAAACACUUUGAGGAGACUGGGCACCCGCUAGCUAUGGAGGUCCGAGAUCUGUACGUGUUCUGUUACCUGUGCAAGGACUAUGUGCUCAACGAUAACCCCGAGGGGGACCUGAAGCUGCUCAGAAGCUCCCUCCUGGCGGUCAGGGGCCAGAAGCAGGACCCGCCGCUGAGGCGCGGCCGGACGCUGCGGUCCAUGGCCUCGGGCGAGGACGCCGUCCCGCCGCAGCGCGCUCCUCAGGGACAGCCGCAGAUGCUCACGGCUCUGUGGUACCGGCGCCAGCGCCUGCUGGCCAAGACGCUGCGGCUCUGGUUCGAGAAGAGCUCCCGCGGCCAGGCGAAGCUGGAGCAGCGGCGGCAGGAGGAGGCGCUGGAACGCAAGAAGGAGGAGGCGCGGCAGCGGCGGCGCGAGGUGAAGCGGCGGCUGCUGGAGGAGCUGGCCAGCGCCCCUCCGCGCAAGAGCGCGCGCCUGCUGCUGCACGCGCCCCGCGCCGCCGCCCCGCGCCCCGCCCCGCCGCGCGCGCCCGCCGGGGGCCGCCCCCAGCCGCGCCGCGCGCCCGCCAUAGCGCCGGGCGUCACGGGCCUGCGCAACCUGGGCAACACCUGCUACAUGAACUCCAUCCUGCAGGUGCUCAGCCACCUCCAGAAGUUCCGCGAGUGUUUUCUGAACCUCGACCCUUCCCAGACCCAACAACUGUUUCCCAAGGCCCCCAACGGGAAGGCUCCGCUCUCGGGCAGGCCGGCCGGCAGCUCGGCCACCGAGCUGUCGGCCAGGAGCGACCGGGCGGAGUCGUGCGAGCGGGAGGGCCUCUGCUUCAACGGCGGGGCCUCCAUCAGCAGGAGCCUAGAACUCAUCCAGAACAAGGAGCCGAGCUCGAAGCACAUUUCCCUCUGUCACGAACUGCACACCCUCUUCCGUGUCAUGUGGUCCGGCAAGUGGGCCCUGGUGUCCCCCUUCGCCAUGCUUCACUCCGUUUGGAGCCUGAUCCCCGCCUUCCGGGGCUACGACCAGCAGGACGCGCAGGAAUUCCUCUGUGAGCUGUUGCACAAAGUACAGCAAGAGCUCGAGUCCGAGGGUACCACGCGCCGGAUCCUCAUCCCUUUCUCCCAGAGGAAGCUCACCAAACAGGUCUUAAAGGUGGUGAACACCAUAUUCCACGGGCAGCUACUCAGUCAGGUUACAUGUGUAUCAUGCAAUUACAAAUCCAAUACCAUUGAGCCCUUUUGGGAUUUGUCCCUGGAAUUCCCUGAACGGUAUCACUGCAUAGAAAAGGGGUUUGUCCCUUUGAAUCAGACUGAGUGCCUGCUCACUGAGAUGCUGGCCAAGUUCACAGAGACAGAGGCCCUGGAAGGGAGAAUCUACGCUUGUGACCAGUGUAACAGCAAACGACGAAAAUCCAAUCCAAAACCCCUUGUUCUGAGUGAAGCUAGAAAGCAGUUAAUGAUCUACAGACUACCUCAGGUCCUCCGGCUGCACCUUAAAAGAUUCAGGUGGUCUGGCCGUAAUCAUCGAGAGAAGAUUGGGGUCCAUGUCGUCUUUGACCAGGUAUUAAACAUGGAACCUUACUGCUGCAGGGACAUGCUCUCCUCUCUUGACAAAGAGACCUUUGCCUAUGAUCUCUCCGCAGUGGUCAUGCAUCACGGGAAAGGGUUUGGCUCAGGACACUACACAGCCUAUUGCUACAACACAGAGGGAGGUUUUUGGGUCCACUGCAAUGACUCAAAGCUGAAUGUAUGCAGUGUCGAGGAAGUGUGCAAAACUCAAGCCUACAUCCUUUUUUACACUCAAAGAACAGUUCAGGGCAAUGCAAGAAUUUCAGAAACCCAACUCCAAGCUCAGGUGCAGCCCAGCAACAACGAUGAGGGCAGACCACGGACCUUCCCCUGAAUGGGAGGCAUGUAUCAAGGACUGGCUUGCUUUUAAACUGUUGGUGUUCAUACAUCUUUCCUCUUAUAGGAAAUAAGGUUUAGUGCAGGAACAGAUUGCUAGGUUUGCCUCACUGGGACUACAGCAGAAGGUGCCAGGUGACUUCCUAUCCUAUCCUAAAAUCUGUAGUCACCUUUCUUUUGAAUGGAUUUGGGAAUUCCCUCUUUGAUAAAUCAAAAGGAGUAACUUCUAUGAAGAUUCUUUCAUCAGUUGCUUCUGAAUAUAGAGGAUCUGGGUGGAGGAAAGAGGGAGAAAAUUGAUCAUAUGCAGCGAGGAGAGCAGCCAUGUUUUCUUUCCAUUCUGUGACCCCCACUAAUCAGGACCUCCUGCAACGCCAGAGGAACCCUCCUGUUGUGAGGAGCCCAGGACAGAGCACAUGAGGUGGGGCCCUGGGCUGGCAGCUUGCUGGAUGAGAUUGGUUCCAGGGCAGGAGGUGAAUAAUAAGGAUUUGUUCCUACAAAGGAAGUAACCAUCAGGGGUUCAAAACAUGCAGACUUCCUUUUUUAGAUGAUAGCAGUGGAAGAGUGGAAUGAGAUGCAUAGAGCAAAUUUCCCCCAUGCAGAAUGGGAGAUUUUUCCAGUGUCCGACCCUCCCUGGCUGCUACUGCUGCUGUCACUUAAUCAUUCCACAUCUCCUGAGACUGGUGUGAACAACCCUCUAUUCUAAAGAAGGAGCAGUUCAUAUGGGGAAGCAAUACAUUGUCCCUGACACGUUCUUUCUUGCAUGCUGAGCCUGAGGGCAUUCCUGGCUACCCAGUUCUGUAGCACAUCCCUGGUUCAGGUGUAGGGCAAGCACAUGGUUUGGUUUAAAUUGGUGUUUAGGUCAGUUGUCUGAGGCUUUCUCAGAACUCGGUUGAGGAGAGAGGCAGGGAUAGCCGGUGGUCCAGGCCGUAUCUGAAUGCCUGGCACCUGCCCUCACCUCCAUGCAGCAUGCAGCUUUUCUUAGCCUGCAGCUUCUUUCUGGCACCUAGAGGGCUAGAACAUUUUUGUUCAACACAAGGUUUGGGAAUUUCUGCUUUCCUAGGGCUAAGGAAUCUGCCCACAUAGGUUCGAACAGUUCACUGCUGCUGGCCCUGGCCUAUCUCCUCCUAAAUCUGAUAAUCCCUACUGUUUCUUUAUCUAACUACACUCAAUUCAUCAGAGAAAAAAAGAGUGCCCUGUCCUUAAGUGCUAGUAAAAUACAUCUUUGUUUUUAUACUGGAUCAGUUUCUAAGUGGAAUGAUGGAAACCCUCCACCCCAUCAGGCACCACUGAAUUUCCCUUCUCAAUCCUUCAGUUAGACUCACCAGUAAAAGUGAACGUAAACCAGAAGUCUCAUCGUGGGGGCUGCUGAAGUCUGCCUCAACCUGUCAUUAUGAAUGCUCAUCUUUUGACUGAGUGUAUCAUACGAACAUUUCAAUUCAGGUAGGAAUACAGUUGUCACACUUGAAGGAAGCAGAUGUGGAGGGAGUUUGGGGAAGGGUGGGAGGUUGGGAAAGAGAGGGUAAAGAAUGAGGGUCGUAGCUUAGGGGUGUUGGUGAGCCCCAUUUCCAGAGCAGGUCUGUAGCAUUUGCUGUUGACCUCUUUUGAGAUGAACUCUCCCGUAGGACCUGACAGACAGCACUGAGACAUGGAGGAAAUUCAGACAGAAAAUGGCUCACCCUGAUAAGGGGGAGUGACUAUAUAUUUUAAAUUAAACUUGCUUUUUCCAACACUGUGAGGUUUCUGUAAUAUUUAGCUUUUAUUUGGAAGCGAUAGCGUAUGGCAUUUUUUAUGCUGUUUGGUUUAUAUUGUCUACUGCAGGCUUUUUUGUAUAAGCUUGGCCCAGGGCUCACCCUCUCCUGGACACUGUUUUAAAGUGUCACAGCUGCCCUUGCUGCCAGAGGCUCUGAUGUAAAGGUAUACUCUCUAGAUCCACGUUUUUUAAGUUGGCAGGAUUGGUGAAGACUUUUUUGUGGCAAUGGAAAAGCCCAUUAACUCAAAAAAAGAGAGAGAGAGAGAGUAAGAAGGAAAGGAAAAUAUAAGUUGUGCCUCAUCUUUCUUUGAAUGCUGUACUUAUUAUUCUAGAAAAAGAGAACUUACAAAUGGAAAAGAACUAAUAGAGCAGCUACUUCAUCCCUCAGGCUGUCUAGGGGGAAAUACUUCAGAAAAAUGAACAUUUAAUGGAAAAUUAAAAGAUCUUCAAACUUAAUUUUUAAAAAUAGUUUUAUACCAAAUAUUUAUAAGAAUUAUUAAGCAGAUUUAAGGAUUUUGUAAAAUAAGUGCUUAACUUAGCUGAGCACCCACAUAUCAAAUUAAUAAAAUGGUUUAAAGGGAGUUGGACCAGAAACCACUAGAGUCCUCGCUGAGCUGCAAACUCUCGAAGGUGCCCCUGCAGUCACAGACACCUCAGGUACCCAGAGGCAGCAGCACUAGACGCUGUUGAGAAGUUAGUAUUUAUGGAGAUUUUUAUUAAAGAGUUCCCUGCUGCAUAAGCUGAUGGCUAUUGUGAGGGAAGUGUCCCUUUGCCUUUAAUUUAUUUGCAUAUUGGAAGUAGAUGGAUUUCUUAGUUGCAUCUUACUUUAAAUCGAAACAUUCUAAAGAGAAGAAAAUAAGAACCAGGUAGAAGUUGACUAGAUGCUGCCAAAUCAAACCCAAGAUCUCCUAACUGAACCUUACGGGCCUGCUUCUCCCAGGCAAGUAGUUAGAGUCCCAUUCCAGGAACCCUUUGUAGUUGGCUGGUGUGUUUACUUCCUGCUGUAGCCAGCCAAGAUGAAUGCACCCUGGCCCUCAAAAAGGAUCUUUACCUCAGUCUAGCUUGACCCUCAUCCUUGUGGUUGCCUCGGAGAUGAGCAUCCAUGCUAGUGUUAAAAAAAAAAAAAAAAAAAAAAAAAAUUAGGAAUGCCCUCAACAGCCAGGAACUGAAGCUCUUAUUAAAUGGCAGGCAGAGCUCUUGCCAGCUUUGAUCCAGUCCCCUCUCGGGCUGAGGGGGGCAGUGCCACACUGUAAAGAAUUUCCAGAUGUCUCUUAAAAUGUCAUGAAUAAAAUUAGAAACUGUAGAAGUGUUAAUGUGUCCUAUGGACUCAAUAGCAGAGUUUAUUUUUGGUUUUAAUGGCAAGGCUUCUAGCGUCAAUGAUUGUACAAGUUCCCUUCUCUGGCUGUGCUUCCAGUUCCAUCCCAGUGCAAGAACUAGUGAAGUGGGUUGGCCUGGCAGUGGGGCAUGGCCCUAACCAGGCCCCAGAAGCCUGAGAGAGGUCGACAGUAGGACAGAAUGAAAACUUGGUUGGGUGUGGGGGGUGGGAUGUGGGUGGGCAGGCAGGGAGGGGGAAAUGGAGUUUGUUCUACUUAUUGAUAAAGCUUUGUGAACUAAUUUUAUACAAUUCAUAACAUUUGGUGCCUUGUACCCAGUUAUGGUUUGCAUGGGAUUGAAAAGAUUAAGGGAAAGGAUGCCUCCGUAUCAUUUUAAGUGGCAAAUGGGUCUGUACAGUGUAAAGGACAGUUGGUAUCAGACUUUGUAAAAGCAUUUCAUUUCAUGUGUGUAAAAGAUAAUUAUUACCAGCAAAUUCUGAAAUUUUACUGUAAUGUCCAAAAUCUUUGGAUUUGUCACUAUUCAUCAAAUGGCUGCUUUCCAAGGCAGACUAUGUCCUCUAUUCUUUUUCACCACUCCUUUUAUGUUCCAAACAUUAACUCGGGCCUUUUCGGGUAGGCUGGGAGUGCUACCUCUUCCUAAACAUAUACUAUAUACCCUUGCCGGGUUAUACCUUAUAAGUGGAAGGGUUGCUUUCCAGCUGGUUGGGAGAGCACAAAUGUUCAGAAAGGGCCUUUUUUUCUAAUGCUGGGCAACUUAGGGUAGAAGUCAAACAAAAAUGAUUCCUCCUGAGGUAUUACUUUCAUUAGUUCUGAAGUUCUUUUGCACAAAAUUUCAGGAAGCAGUGUAGAACACAACCUCCUAUAUGUGAACCUUGAGACUGUAAGGCAAGCCAGUGCACUGUGUAAUAUGCAAAAGAGAAGGCUCAAAGAACCUGUCCCAGCCACCCCCGCCCCAGCCCCUUUCCUGGCAGGUGCUGACUAGAAUGGUGCUGAGUGGCUGUGGAAGGGGAGAAGACCCAGUCUGCUCACCUGCAGGGCUGUUUAUAGCCUGUUCCUUUUACUCUGACCUUAAGGUUUCCAAUGAGCUCAUGAGACUUCACCAAAGGGUGUUUAGAAAGCUCACCACUUGAAGCACAUUUGAUAACUGGUUCCCUCAGCCUAAUUACUGGCCUAAUUAGGUGAGGAGGUUGUACCUUUGGAGCAAAAUCUCCCAUGGCAACUUAGUUUUUUUUUUUUUUUACCGGGUAAGUAUGCACCUCCCUGGUGGUGGUUCCUUUUUUUCAAGUCAGCACUAAAGCUAAAAAGCGCCUUCUAAAUAUGACUGUGAGUUUAGUUUUGUAUCUUCCACCUUUAACCAUUCUCUUGGUCUAGGGCUUUGACUUGAACCAAGUGUUACUUUAUUCUUUUAACCCACACAUUGCUCUAAAUACACCAUAGCCACUAGGGCAUUAAGGCAAAUGGUCAUUUUUGUGGACUCUUUCCUUACUUCUGCUGGCAUGUUUCCAUUUAAAAUCUAAAUAGGUAGUAGAAGAGAUUUCCAUAGUACUGUUAACCAGCCAGGGCUGAAUAUCACGUCACCGAUGUAAAAUGGACUUCCCUUGGGGAGGGUGUUGUGUUGGAAUGGUAAAAGCCAGCAUUUUCAUUUACAAAAUUAAUGACUGUUCAUCAAAAUUUUGGGAAAUUGUAGACUUGAGAGCUUUACUUGCUAAAUUCUUAACACUUGAGGAAUGAAGCCAGUUUAAAUGAAACUUUACCAUGCCAGUAUUAUGGCUUUAUAAACUGACUAACAGUAAAUGAAGCUAUAACAUUAAAUUUUGAGUGAAAUGUGAAUUAUGCUUUUGGAAGCUGCCAUGUCAUCAUUGCUGGAUUUUUCUUUUCAACUUUAAAAAACCUUUUAAAGUAGACUUUUCAGUUGUGAGUAGGAUCGGGUUGCCGACUUCAAGGAUCUGUUUCCUAUCAAUGAAGGACAGGAGGUGCUGGUAUUUGUCUUAGUGGUCUGAUACAGAUAUGAAUGGGCUUAGAAUCUAUGCUAUGGCUUAAAAGUUUCCUUCCUGGUCACCAUUUGGGAGGUGAUGGCUUCAAACCUAAGCCUUGCUCUCAUGUAUAUGACCCUUCCUCAUCUUAACACCCAGUAAGUUACAAAACUAUCAAAUCAUCUGUGGUCCCAGUAUAGAUAGAUUCUUAGAGAGUGAGGGCUUCGUGGUAAGCUAGCCACAGGCCUGAAUUCACAGCUCAAACUCUUCCCUAACAGGUGGGACCUACCCGAUCAAUACAAGAGAAUGGUGCUUUUUAAAAUACAUAUACAAUCUAAUUCUCAAUCAGAUUUCUUAAUGAGAUUUAUGCCGGUAGGGUCAAGAAGGACUGUUUUGUCCUUUUGACCUUUUGUGAACAGAUUGCUCGACAUCUGUCAACUCUAACAAUUAGGCCACUGUGGUGCAUUCAUACUGACCUCCCUUUCCAAUUCAUGUCCUUUAAUCCCAUACUAGUUCCACAGGAGACUUGGCAUGGAAAAGCAGGAUUUUUAAAAAUGCCUAGUAGAUGGGGUGCCUGGCUGGCUCAGUUGGAAGAUCAUGUGACUUCUGAUCUCGGGAUUGUGAAUUUGAGCCCCAUGUUGGGUGUACAGACUACUUAAAUAAACUUUAAAAAUAAAACAAUAACGAUAAAAAUACCUAGAAUAAAUCAAGUAGAAAAAAAUGGCCAUGGGGAACUUGUCUCUAUUUCCACAUCUUUCUGAGCCUACAUGAGUCUUUUCCAUGCCAGUUCCUUUCAUAUUCCAUUUCCAAAGAACUCCAAACUCCUGGACAGUGGCACUACCAUGACUUUUAGGGUCAGAAAACAUUUCCUUGGGAAGAAAGCUUCCUCAAGCAGUUUCUUUAGUGCCCACUGCCCAGGCUUGCUUACACCUUGCCUCCACCUGCACACCACUGCCCUCUUUCUACCAACAAAUCCCACUCUAUUACAGCAACAAUGCCCCCUUGGUGCCUGGAAAACCCACCUGGUGCACUAAAAUGCUAUGCAACACCAAAUGGCUUCUUCUUCUAGUUCUGCUCAAAAAUGGAAAUUCCUCAAAAAUAAGUUUCCUCUUAUGUUCACAUCAAGUACAAUGGCUACAGUUUCCUUUUUUUUUUUUUUUUUCAACAUGAAGCAAACCACCUCUGUAACAAUCCAUGUUUGAGGCUUGUUCCUGUCUCUUUUGAGUGUGAAAUAUAAAUCAUGUUUUUAUGAUUUUUGUAAAUCUUGACUUUUUACACCUUGUUUUUGUAAGCCGAAGUUUCUUAUUAAAAGAAUAAAAUGA